UCUUUUGUAUUCCAUAUUCUUGUCUUAUUGCCUUUUUUAUUUAUAAAAUUAUGAGAAUAAAGAAAACUCCAGCUGUUUUUGUCUACCUUUAAUCCAUUGUUUAAUAAGACUAAUGCUUCUUUAUUAUCUCAUUAACACUCAUAUUAGCUCAUCUUUAUUUACACUGUCAUUCCCUUUUUUUAUAAAAUAUCACAAUGAUUAGAAUUAGGCCAUCCUCUUUGGUUGUUGAUGAUGAAGUUUUGAUUUUGUUUUUUUUGCCCUUAAAGUAGUAAAAGCUGCACAUGGAAAAAGCUUUAACAGAGAUUGUUUCAUUUUGUGUAUUACAUAUAAAUAUGUCUUUUCCACCUAAAGUCAGUUGUCAUAUUCCUAUCUUUAGUAAAUAGAUUAACUGUUUACUGGAGAUAAACAGACACAUGUUUUAACAAUAUGGAGAAGACAAUGGAGCAUCGUGUCAAAACUGCAAGUGGUGUUGUAUCUGUCAUUGUGUAUGGAGACCGAGAAAAGCCAGCAUUGAUUACUUAUCCUGAUUUGGCCCUUAACCAUAUGUCAUGCUUCCAAGGAUUAUUCUUCUGCCCUGAAGCAGCUUCUUUGCUGCUACAUAACUUCUGCAUUUAUCAUAUCAGUCCACCUGGGCAUGAGUUAGGAGCUGCUCCGAUUUGUCCUAAUGAUUCAGCUCCUUCUGCUGAUGACUUGGCAGAUCAGAUUCUUGAAGUUCUUAACUUUUUCGGCCUUGGAGUUGUGAUGUGUAUGGGUGUGACUGCAGGUGCUUACAUCCUCACCUUAUUCGCGAUGAAACAUAGAGAACGUGUUCUCGGUUUGAUUCUUGUCUCACCAUUAUGCAAGGCCCCGUCUUGGUCUGAAUGGUUUUACAACAAGGUUAUCUUAAAGUUGUUAUAUUACUACGGGAUGUGUGGAGUGGUAAAGGAAUUUUUGCUUCAGAGAUAUUUUAGUAAGGAAGUUCGUGGUAACGUCGAGAUUCCAGAGUCAGAUAUAGCACAGGCUUGCAGAAGACUGCUUGAUGAGAGACAAAGCGUAAACGUUAUGCGGUUUCUUGACGCCAUUGAUCGGAGACCUGACAUCUCAAGUGGAUUGAAGAAACUAAAAUGCAGGACACUUAUCUUCAUCGGAGAUCAAUCUCCCUUCUACUCAGAAGCUGUUCACAUGGCAGCAACUUUGGAUAGAGGAUACUGUGCUUUGGUUGAGGUUCAGGCUUGUGGUUCAAUGGUAACAGAGGAGCAACCGCAUGCAAUGUUGAUCCCAAUGGAAUAUUUCUUGAUGGGUUAUGGAUUAUAUAGACCAUGUCUUUUCACAGAGAGCCCUAGAAGUCCUCUUAGCCCUUCUUGUAUUGCACCUGAGCUUCUCUCUCCUGAAAGCAUGGGAUUAAAGCUUAAGCCUAUCAAAACCCGACUCUCAGCGGCUUAAGUUUGUGUGCUACUUAUUCAUUGGUUCUAAUUGCUGAGGAGAAAAUCUUAGGGCUUUUGUAGAUAUAGAACAAAUCACUAGGGAGAUUCGAGAAGAAGACGGAAGAGGAAAAAUUCAAGCCAUCCUUAUAUAUAUAACACAUUCUUUUGUAGUCAGCAGACACGACAGUUCUCUUGUUAAGAAGCCACAAAAUGUUGUUUAUUAUUUCAUUUCUUAUACAUAUGUAAAAUGUUCUGUUGUUGUGACAUUGUAACAAUUGUUUUGUGAUGGACUCUGCAGAUUCAAGUAAUAAAUUCAUUUUGCACCUU